AUGCACUGGCUCUAUGGGUCCCUGAGGUUGAGGGUGCUCAUCAUCAUCCCUGAGAGGAAGUAUCAGCACCAUGAGUUGCUGAGGCUGAGGGUGCUCAUUGUCAUAUCUGAGGCCUCUGAGGCCCCUAAGGCCAUGACUGAGGGAGCCGCCUCUUUGUUUCUCAGGCUGUUGCUGGAACAUCUAGUACGGAAUCUGGGCAGCGCAGGGAAGACACCUUUGAUGUGUUUUCUGCCCUGCAGGGAGUUCGAAGCCACCAUGCAGACUGCUCAGGGGCUGUUGUCAUUUGAAGAGGUGGCUGUUUAUUUCACCCCAGGGGAAUGGACCCUGCUGAGCCCAGCUCAGAGAGCUCUGUACAAGGAAGUCAUGCUGGAGAAUUUUGGAAAUGUGGCUUCUCUGGGACCCGUGGUUGCCAAACCUGACCUUGUAUCCUGGCUCGAAGAAGAGAAAGAACUCUUUUAUCAUGGCUUUGAGGAGGUGGUUGGAUUGGCAGCAGGUGUGUGGGAGUCAGCAAAUGAAAGGAAAAGUCACCAAGAGGCGGAGAAAAAAGAUACAUAUCCAGACUGGAAACAAAACAUUCAGUAUUGUGACACACUGAGGAAGGAAGAGGGAAAACAACAACAAAAAGAGAGGAAACUUUCUGGUUUAUUGCAGGGUAAUGACACUCACGACAUUCCACUACUUCAAAAGUUAUAUGAAGGAAACAAUAGUAAUAAAUGCCCUGCAAGUGGGGAAAUUUUUCCUGAAAAAUCAGACAUUUAUACACAAUGGAAUGCUCAUAAAAGAAAGAAAAUAUUCAAAUGCCUAGAGUGUGGGAAAAUCUUUGGGCGGAAAGAUAAGCUAACUUCUCAUCAAAGAACUCACACAGGGGAGAAACCAUAUAAAUGCCUGGAAUGUGGGAAAGCCUUCAGUCAGAGUGCACACCUUAACUCCCAUCAAAGAAUUCACACAGGGGAGAAAAAAUACAAAUGCCUGGAGUGUGGGAAAAGCUUCACUCAAAGUGGAAACCUUGCUUCCCAUCAAAGAAUUCAUACGGAGGAGAAAAAAUAUAAAUGCCUGGAGUGUGGAAAAAGCUUCAAACACAGUGGAAGCCUUACUACCCAUCGAAGAAUUCACACAGGAAAGAAACCAUAUAAAUGCCUGCAGUGUGGGAAAAGCUUUGGGCGGAAGUAUGUCCUAAUUUACCAUCAAAGAAUUCAUACAGGGGAGAAACCAUAUAAAUGCCUGGAGUGUGAGAAAAGCUUUGGAUGGAAGGAUGAACUAGUUUCCCAUCAAAGAAUUCACACAGGGGAGAAACCAUACAAAUGCCUGGAAUGUGGGAAAAGCUUCAGUCACAGUGGAAACCUUACUUCCCACCAAAGAAUUCAUACAGGGGAGAAAAUAUAUAAAUGCCUGGAGUGUGGAAAAAGCUUCCAUCGAAGUGCUAACCUUACUUCCCAUCAAAGAAAUCACACAGGAGAAAAACCAUAUCGAUGCCUGGUGUGUGGAAAAAGCUUUGGGCGGAAAGAUAAUCUAAUUUCCCAUCAAAGAACUCACACAGAUGAAAAACUAUAUAAGUGCCUGGAGUGUGGAAAAAGUAUUGGGAAGAAAGAUGCUCUGACUUUUUAUCAAAUAAUUCAGUCAGAAGGAGCCAUGUGGGAGCCAGCAAAUAAAAUGAAAAACCAGCCAGUGAUGGACAAAGAAGAUACAUAUCCAGAUGUGAAAGUGAAUGAUGAAUUUUGUGAUGUGCUAAGGAAGGAAGGACCAAAGCACACUCUUAAAACAAGAACUAAUUCUGGUCUUUUACAGCAUAAUGAUUCUUACAACAUUCCGCUACAAAAAUCGGACCAAGGGGACAAUAGGAAUGAGUGCCCAGAAAGUGGGGAAACUUUUCUUGAAAUAUCAGAUGUUAAUAUGCAUUUGAACCCCCACAACAGAAAGAAAAUAUUUAAAUGCUUCGCGUGUGGGAAAAAUUCCAGUCAGACUGGCAAGCGUACUUCCCAUGAAGGAAUCCACACGGGGGGGAAACCACACAAAUGCCUAGAGUGUGGGAAAACUUUUAGUCAGAGUUCCUACCUAAUUGCCCAUCAAAGAAUCCACACAGGGGAGAAACCGUACAAAUGCCUGGACUGUGGGAAAUGCUUUGGACGGAAAGAUAACCUUACUUCUCAUCAAAGAGUUCACACCGGGGAGAAACCAUACAAAUGUCUGCAGUGUGACAAAAGCUUCCGUCAGAGUACAUACCUUAUUUUUCAUCAAAGAGUCCACACAGGGGAGAAACCAUAUAAAUGCUUAACGUGUGGGAAAAGUUUUGGACGGGUGGAUAAUCUAAAUUCCCAUCAAAGAAUUCACACAGGGGAAAAACCAUAUAAAUGUCUGGAGUGUGGAAAAAGCUUUGGGGCGAAAGGUGCCCUAACUUCCCAUCAAAGGAUUCACACGGGAGAGAAACCAUAUAAAUGCCCUGAGUGUGGAAAGAGCUUCAGCAGGAGAACAUAUGUUAUUUCUCAUCAAAGAACUCACACAGGGGAAAAGCCAUAUAAAUGCCUGGUGUGUGGGAAAAACUUUGGACGGAAGGAUUACCUAACUUCUCAUCAAAGAAUUCACACUGGAAAAACCAUAUAAAUGCUUGUGAUGUUGAA